AUGGGAACUAGGAAAAUUCUUUUGUCUCUUUCUCUUCAUGGAAGAGGCCCAGACAUAUCCACUGACCCACCCUUGUGUGAACAUUCAUUGGAUAAUGAUGCGAAUUGUAGAGAAUGGGGAGGUGUCUAUGUUACAUAUCAAGAUCCUUCUUACUCCAAAGCUCCGUAUAGGAAGAUUCUAGAGGGAAAACAGAUGAUGAAAGCUCUAACAGGCCGUUUGGAGAGGCUAUUCAAUAAAAAUGAGGAUAAUCCUAGGAAUGAGGAUAGCUCCGGAAAUGAUACUUCGUCAGAGCAGUCCACCAUGCUGUCCGAUUAUGAGGAUUGCAUUGAAGAGCCCCUAUCUGGCUCUAGCUUUGAAGAAGCUAUGGAGAAGAUGCAAUCAAUGAGCAAAGAAAGGGAAAUGCCUACGAACUUGCGAGGGGGCAUUCUGCUUGAUGAGACCUACAUUGUACCAUCUAAAGUUCUCAACUUAUUUCUUUUUGCUCCCAAUUCAAAGUUCAGGAGAGAUCUUGCAGACUUGCAAGGAACAACAGAUGUACAAGAGGGUUCCUGGACAUUUAAACCAGAAGACAUGUCAUGCUUAACUAGAUUUGUUACAUAUACAAAUCCUGCAUCAAAGUUAGUUAAGGCUGUUAAAGCCACUGAAGAGCAAACAUAUGCUAAGGCAGAUGGAAUAGAAUUUGCUGUUCAUGUAAAUGUGAGCACACCCGAUGCUCCAUAUGGGCCACAGCUCUCUUCGGGAGAAGAAUCCUCUCGUCUUGUGGUGUCUUGGGGCAUUAACUUCAUUCAAAAUACUAUGAUGAGGGGAAUGAUUGAAGGAGGAGUUCGACAAGGAUUAAAAGAGAGCUUUGGCCAACAAGGAUCAUUUGUUGGCAACUUUGCAAAAUGGGCACCAAACGGAUUGGGAGUUGGCAACUUACUUGGAAAGCUGCAGGGACUGCAAUUUAAUGGUAUAGAUUUACCAGAUAGUUUUGGGGAGCUUAUAACAGCUGGAAUCAUAGUCAUUCAGUUAGAACGUAGUGAUCAUGGAGUCAAAGGGCAAGGUGAUGGAUGGGUUCUCACAAUAGCUUUGAUUGAGGGGAUGAACUUAACCCUGUUGGAUCCAUUGGGGUUGCCAGAUCCCUAUGUGGUAUUCACGUGCAAUGGGAAAACAAGAACAAGCUCUGUUAAGCUUCAAACUCUUGAUCCUCAAUGGAAUGAGGUACUUGAGUUUGAUGCUGCUGAAGAACCUCCUUCAAUGUUGGACGUGGAGGCUGCCUCACUAGGUCAUGCAGAGAUAAAUUUCUUAAGACACACAUCCACAGAACUGGCAGACUUCUGGGUUCCCCUCCAGGGGAAACUUGCUCAAUCUUCUCAGUCAAAGUUGCAUCUUAGAAUAUUUUUGGAUAAUAAUAAUGGGGUUGAAACAAUUAAAGAGUACCUAAUGAAGAUGGAAAAGGAAGUCGGGAAGAAGUUGAAUCUUCGGUCGCCCCACAGAAAUUCAACAUUCCAAAGAAUUUUUGGGUUGCCGCCUGAAGAAUUUCUCAUCAGUGACUUCUCAUGCUCCUUGAAAAGAAAGAUGCCAUUACAGGUGUUAUACAGAUAUGCAGGACAAACCAAAGGCCUUUUGUUCAAUAGGGGGUCCUUAAACAUAAAAGCAACCUUGGAUCUGCAAGAAGAGAGAAAUCUUCUGAUGAAAAAUGGGCGCCUUUUUCUAUCUGCAAGAAUUGUUGGGUUCUAUGCCAACUUCUUUGGUGCUUCCCCUUCUCUAUCAUCCAUGGGCAGCCCUCAGUUGGUCAUAAUUCUUCGCAAGGGUCGAGGUCUUGAUGCUAGGCAUGGAGCAAAAUCUCAAGAUGAAGAAGGCAGGCUUCAAUUCUAUUUUAUAUCGUUUGUGUCAUUCAAUGUAGCCAGUAGGACAAUCAAAGCAUUGUGGAGAACAAGAAGGCUCACUCCUGAACAGAAAGCAAAAAUUGCAGAAGAGCAACAGCAAGAAGAUGGGAAGUCCAUAUUGCUUGAAGACUCUGGGUCCUGUUUGGUUGUUGCAGAUGCAAAUAUGUCCAAGUUUGAAUCACUCAUGGAAAUGUUUGAAGGAGGAGAUUUGGAGCAUGAAGUGAUGGGUAAGUCUGGCUGCCUGGGAUACGUCACAACCACUUGGGAAUCUGUAAAGCCAGAUUUGUUUGAAAGGCGUCUAUGUUACAAAUUUAGCCGUCAAUUCUCAAUCUUUGGAGGUGAAGUUACCUGUACACAGCAGAAAUUCCCCAGUUCUGAUGGAAAAGGGUGGAUUGUGAAUGAGGUCAUGGCCCUGCAUGAUAUCCUUUUCAGUGAUCACUUCCGUGUGCAUUUCAGGUACAAAUUCGAGAGCUCUGUUCUGACAGCUAAUUCUUGCAAAUGUGAUGUUUAUAUCGGUAUAAGAUGGCUAAAAAGCACCAAGUUCCAGCAGAGAAUCACUAGGAACAUAUCGGAGAAGUUUGCUCACAAGUUGAAGAACACUUUUGAACUGGUUGAACGGGAGAUUUUACUAGCAAACAGUUCAAAUAUGAAAUGA